AUGUGUAUUGAGCAACUUGCCAACAAGUUCGCCAUCACGUCUGACUCAGCCCAAGCCAGCAGAGACUUUGAGGCCAAGUACCUGCAGCUUUACAAGCUCGGAGAAGGAAGCUUUGGAUCUGUUGAUGCCGGCAGCAGAAAAACUAACGCGCUAACCAGAGUACUGCUGAUCCUGUCCUGCCUUAAAUGGGGAAACAUACAAGCUGAGGUGCUCUUCAUGCAGAGAGUGGCAGGUGGUCCAGAGCUGAUGGGGAAAUCUGCCCCUGUGUCCUUAUUAGACUGGUAUGAUCUGGACCAGGUGCUCCUGGUCAUGGAGACCCCAGUCCCCUCUGUGGACCUUUUUACCUACCUGCAUAACAAUGAUGGUCCCAUGGAGGAGGACCAGGCUAAGCCAGUUUUCCAUCAAGACAUUAAAUGAGGAAAUGUCCUUGUGGAAACUGGCUCCAGUGUUCCUGGAGUGCGCAUCAUAGAUUUUGGAUGUGGCUGCUUGGUGAAGGAGAGUCCUUACUGCGCCUUCUCUGGAACCUCUCCCUACGCCUCUCCAGAGUUUUACAUACAGGGGAGUUACCAGGCCGGCCCCGCCACAGUCUGGCAGCUGGCCACACUGCUCUACGAAGUGCUGGAUGGAUGCAAGCAGUUUAUCACCUCCCAAUUUAGAAUUAGAUUCAUCAGUGAGUUGAGGGAGCUGCAAGUGUCCCGAAACUGCCGGGAUUUAUUAAAGAAGUGUUUGGCUAUAAACCUAGCAGAGUGA